CUCGAGUUCGCGAUCCAACCCAACACUACUGGCAAACAACUCUUCGAUCAGGUGGUGAAGACAAUCGGUUUGCGUGAGAUCUGGUUCUUUGGUCUGCAAUACGUGGACAGCAAAGGAUACGCGACUUGGCUUAAGCUCAACAAAAAGGUGAUGAGUCAGGACGUGAAGAAAGAAAAUCCAUUGCAAUUCAAAUUUCGCGCAAAAUUCUUUCCCGAAGACGUGGCGGAGGAACUGAUUCAAGACAUCACUCUUCGGUUGUUUUACCUGCAGGUGAAGAAUGGGAUACUGAGUGAUGAGAUCUACUGUCCGCCGGAGACGUCGGUGCUGUUGUCGUCA